UCACAAUGUGCAGCCCAUUAAGGGAGUACUUUUUAAUAAUUGACGGUGUUGGAAGUUGGACAAAGGUGAAUGCUUACACACAGAAAAUGUGAGCUUGUAGCUGUUUAACACAUUGCUGUAUCAUUAUGAAUGUGUCCUCUCAGCCCCCAGUAAUAGUUAACACGACACGUGCCUUAGGAUUUACUGGCUUGUGCAGUCGCUUGGUUGUUACCGGUCUGUGAACACUGCUUAGCCUUCAGCUAUUAACUUUGAGGAUCAACAUACCUUUUGUAUUUUAUCCAUCAUUAAAUAGUUCAGCUUUACAGCAUCAUUAUUGCUGUAACAUGGUGGAAGUGAUUACAUGCAAUGAAAGGACUGAGGAUGUUAAGGAGGACAUGAGGACUGAUGGCAAUGGACACACUGUGGAAAAUGUGGCUCCAGAGCCGGUCAUCCAUGGAACCAAGGAAGAUCCGGAAACCCAAACGCAGAAGACCAGAACCUGGAUAUGGUCCGUAGUUUAUCUUUGUUUCUAUGGCUUCAUGGUGCAGCUGAAGCCUGGAGAGCCGUUUAUCACACCAUACCUGCUCAGUACAGAAAAGAACUUCACUAGUGAACAGGUCACCAAUGAAAUCAACCCAGUCCUCACAUAUUCCUAUAUGGUCGUGCUGGUGCCUGUCUUUCUGCUGACAGAUUACCUACGAUACAAACCUGUGCUGAUCCUUCAGAGCUUGAGCCAUGUUUCCAUUUGGCUCUUCCUGCUUUUGGGAGCCUCAUUGCUGGAGAUGCAGUUUAUGGAAUUCUUUUAUGGCAUCACCAUGGCUGCCCGUGUGGCGUACUCCUCGUACAUUUUCUCACUAGUACCAGCGACUGUUUACCAGCGUGUAGCCAGCUAUUCCCGCACAUCUGUGCUCAUGGGAGUCUUCACGAGCUCUGUGCUGGGUCAGAUAUUUGUGUCACUAGGAGGUGUAACAUACAGGACGUUAAGUGCAGUCUCUCUGGGGUUUGUCACUUUUGGGUUACUCUUGUCCUUCUUCCUGCCAUGGCCCAAACGUAGCUUGUUUUUCAACCAAGCACGUCUGGAAGAGGAAAGGAAGGAAGCAGCUCAAUCGGAAUUGGCCAGAAUGAAGCCUGAGGAGAAUGAUGGCAGUGUGGCAGCACAAGGCAGUAACCACAAAUACCCAUCCUGGACAAAUUCAGUGUUUAUUCAGAUGCUGAAGGAGUUAAAAAAUGUUGUGAAAGUUCCCAGUUUAAGGCUUUGGAGCUUGUGGUGGGUGUUCAAUUCCACUGGUUACUAUUUAGUACUAUUUUAUGUGCACAUCCUGUGGAAUAAAGUCUACCCUGCCACAGAUAACAAACAUGUUUACAACGGAGCGGUUGAAGCUGCCUCUACCUUAUUAGGUGCAAUCACAUCAUUUGCGGCAGGCUAUGUGAAAAUUCGAUGGAAUCUUUGGUCUGAACUGGUGAUUGGAUUGAUCACUGCAGUACAGGCCGGACUACUGCUUCUCAUGGGCAUCACAGAUAACAUCUGGGUUUGCUAUGUGUCAUAUGCCCUGUUCAAAGGCUUCUACCAGUUCCUGGUGCCAAUCGCUAUUUUCCAGAUUGCCUCCUCUCUCACUAAAGAACUGUGUGCUUUAGUGUUUGGAGUAAACACUUUUCUUGGAACAGUCCUGAAAACGAUCAUCACUAUCAUUGUGGCAGAUAAGAGGGGAUUGGCUUUGAAUGUUCAGUCUCAGUUUUUUGUUUAUUUCUUUUACUUCACUCUGCUGACUGUGGUUUAUCUGGGCUGUAGUGCCUUUAUCAUCACAUGUCAUUACCGCAAUCAAAGAGCACAGGAGGAGACUACAGAAGUAGCUAUAGCCACUGAACUUAGUUUCAUGACAACGGCUGCUAGUGAAGGCACAACGGCACAUAAUGGAACCAGCAUUAAGACAUGAGAUUCAAAGGAAUUCUCCAUCUCUUAAACUGUUACUUCAAAAUCAGAACAUUUUAUUCUUUUAAGUAUGAG